UGGAUGUCGGGCGGACGUUCCGGUUGGGUUGCAUGAGAUGUGUUGAUGAAAGCGGUCGAUUCAAUGUUAAAAGUCACCGUCCAGUCGAUUCAGAAUUUAUUUAUGUAGAUAAAAUUAUUUGAUAAGUGUAAAGUGGUGUCGUAAUAGGAGUGUACAAUUUUUAUGACAAGUAUCAGGUAGGAAAUCGAGAGUGAUGAAAGUUCGCUUGUGUUUUUUGCUAUUUUAUAUGUACAGUGCUUCAAGCAAUGGAGACAAUGAAGGCGAAAAGGAUGCGAACAGGAAGAAAAUAAUUGACCAGUUGACGCGCGUUCGCACGGUGUUGCUUGACGACUAUGAGUUGGUCAAAAGGCAGGUCGCCACAGAUGUAUAUAUGUAUAGAAGUUAUCGCACCGUCUCUGUAAUUUUCUACAAAAUAAUGAAUGAUGUGAGCGAUGCUCAGUUCACGUUUGAAGCAGAGGAGCUUCAUUUGAAUAAUAUUGGUUCAUGCGAUACGCAAGAGGUGAUAGUGAACAUCAAAUACGGGUCUUACCCGGCCGUGAAUCCAGAUGGAUAUGAAUUCCCAAAGGGUUUCGUCGAUCCUGAUUUACGGGAAAGCGUACACACCCUGGAGUUUCUGUCAGACGGCCGCAACAGGACGUACUCUAUUGAAAACCCGAAACCGGGCAAUUGGUACGCACUAGUGUACAUCAAAUGGCAAGAUCCAAGGACGCAGAAGGUUGAGCAACAAGAUCUUGUGCCUAAUUGUCAAACUAUUUUGUACACUGAUUUACAAGUAAGAAGAGAACCUGAGAUACGCUUAAUUGAUUGCUACGAAGGGCUUAGAAUAGACUAUGGUAUCGUACCAGCUGUUUACAAAUGUAUGGCAUUAAACAGUAUAGACCCGAUUGUGUUUAAUUUGACAGCUCCGCCAGUAAUAUCAAUUGAUUAUAAUAUCACAUUCAAAGUACAAGCGUUAUCACUACCAUCUGAACGAAACUAUGUUGUCUAUUGUUAUUUUGAUCCAAAUUUGAGCCUUGAACAAACAAUUACUUUCCAACCUUACGCAAAUGAAUGGCACUACAUUGAAAUAGACCACACCCACAAUGCUAGUCAAAUCGCUAAUUGCGAAUCUUAUCUGAGAACUAAUGAAGACGAAGUUGACAAUGACACAGUUCUACUACUCAUGAGAGAUGAUAGAGGCAGAUUCUUUACAUUCGACUACGGCCUACCAACUACAGAUUUACAUGAUGCAACUAGUUUAGUAAAUGUUAGUUCGAAUGAAGUUAAAGUAUUAAAAUUUCGAGUCAAUGAUAUUUUAGACAUAGGUGGGUCUUUAGCAAUUGAAGCGAGUCUAGUUAUGAGUCUGAAAUAUUAUAUGGGUUAUAGAAGAGAGAUUAGAAAAGACGCUUUGUUGGCAUUUACGGAAGACAACCAAUAUUUCAAAGCUGUUAUUUGUAUGGACGUUGGUCAUAGCAGCAUACCAUUAGAAGAUGGGCGUUGUAGAUUUAACGACCAUGUGAGGCCAGCCCUUUUUGUUUUAAACAGUACUGAUUCUGAAUCGAUUUAUGGAAAAACUGUUAUCCCAUUUCCUGAAAGUGGAACUUGGUAUCUAAGUAUAAGAAUAUUCUGCGAUGAAACAGUUUGCCCUUGUCCUACAUCUGAUAAUGGUACAAAAUAUUAUGUGAACUCAACUGGGUCAGACGGACGAAUCACAAUAGAAGGCACUACUACAGAAGAUUGGAGAGAAGGAACUUCAGAGUGCAAUUCUACUGUGGUGUUAGCAAUUUCUUCAAGUUCUUGUGUCGCGGGACGGUGUAGCAAUCAAGGAAAUUGCCUUUUUAAUACUUUCGGAGGGCUGGUGAUGUCAUACUGCGCAUGUACUGCAGGAUACGGUGCUUGGGACUGUUCGGACGAUUCCAGAAUGGAUAGCAAGCUCUACAUGCUUGUGACGGUGCUUCUUCUGACAUUGAGUAAUCUUGUUCUCUUCUUUGCUAUCUACACCGCCGUCAUUCGCUUUUACUACACGGAAGCGAUGAUCUACGGUUUCACCAUGGUCUUCUCCACAUUCUACCAUGCGUGCGACGCGCCUUCACAGGUCGCUUACUGUAUCCUUAAUGGUAACGUUCUUCAAUUUGGCGACUUCUACUGCGGCAUCAUGUCAUUUUGGGUUACUUUGUUAGCUAUGAGUAUAAUAAGUGAAGGGUUCCAGUCUUCCCUGCAGUUGAUCGGGGCUUUGAUCAUCGCCCUUCUGACAACCUGGAAUAGACAUUCCUUUAUGGCGUUUCUUAUACCAGUUGCAGUUGGCGUUGUAAUUCUUAUGUUAUCUUGGUAUUGGGACUAUAAGAAGUUACGGAAAUUUAAAUAUCCAAGGUCAUAUUAUCAAAUUUAUCUGCCAUUAGGUCUAAUUUUAGUGUCAAUAGGGCUGAUAUGUUUUGCAUUUUUGCAGACUGAACAAAAUUACAGAAUAGUUCAUUCGUUUUGGCACAUGUUAAUCGCUGUCAGCGUAGCAUUUCUGUUGCCGGAUAUCAGAAGAGAGGAAGGGCUUAACCCGUUUUUGCCGAGUCCAAAUUAUUGCAAACUACCAUUUUGUAGGUUUUUCCGGCGACCCGCUGCGCCUAUUGCACAAGAUUAGCGAUAGCUUUUGACAAAUUCAUUGGGUUUUUUUAGUACCCCUGUUGAUAAAUCUGGACGUUGUCUUUGUUUCGAUGCAAAAAUGUCUUGGCACAUUUCCGUUUUAUCGAAAAAGUAGGAAAUGACAUUUAUGAUUUUGUCUAUGUACAAAGUUUCAUCUAAGUACAUAAAGAUAUUGUCCAAAAUAUGAAUUUACUACUUUAUGUACGAGACUCGCUUGAGUAAUUGUGGCCUUAGUCACUUAAAAUUAAACCACUAUUGAUUUGAAAAUAGCAGUAGGCAUAGAAUGUGGAUAAAUAUGAACAAAUUUGGACUGAUUGCCAAGUAGUAGUAGAAGUAAGGCGAAGCUUACUUUUAAUCAGAUUUUGCUUUUACGGUGGACCCCGGGCCUUGAAGCUUUAGAGUGAAGGGUGAAAUUGGGACCACGCAAAGAUGAGAGAAUGUUAUUUUAACUCAUUAUCACCGCCACAAAUCCUGGAAGCGGUGUUGGCCUUGAUUUGAUAGCGGGUACUCCCGAAUUAGCUUUCACUUCAAGUUUCACUUUUAGUUUGUAUGAGUGGCUUCAAAACCAAACUUUCUGUGUGGCUCCGCCCGGCCAGGGCAUUAUGUUGCUUUAAUUUUGUAUUAAGAAAUGGCUGAACAUAAUAACAUUACCGAAAUAUAGGUAAUUAUUGUGCACAGAACUACCACUUUUAUAAAUCACAUCGACAAUAUUCGACGGCGCAAAAUAGCGCAACCUUCCGCCGAAUCAAAUCGAAUAAAACCACAACAAAAUAAAGGGUCACAUAUUUUUGCGCCAUUCCAAAAUGAGGCUUCUGCGUAAGAUCGAUAUCGGUAUUACUUAUAAAAGUGGUAACUGUAAUAAUUUUCGAUAAGAGAUUUUUUUAACCAAAGUUAAUUUUGGUAAAAUUGUGAUUAUUUGAAUUGAUUGAUUUUUGAAAUAAUUAUCUAUACAACAUAGACGUAGAGAAAAAAGGCGGACGGAGUGUGGCUUGAAAAAAAGUGAAGCAUCGUAAUGGCGGCGUUGUACGAAUGUGUGAGUGACAGAAAUCUAUGACGCAAUGGCGGCCGACUGUCACAUUGGUGAGGUGUAUAUAUAUAAAAUACAAUGGGCCGGCUAUAUUAUUGUGUUCUUCAUUUGUGUAUGCUUUAUUUUACCGCAUAGUUAAACUCCGACCGCCUUUUUUUCUACGUCUAUACUAUACAAUUGGACAUUCAGUAAGUGUUCAGUCUUAUAUUUACGUUUCUAUAAUGACAAGUAUUAUAACAAUUGUUUAUUAUGAUUUGGUGAAUUAACAUCUCUCUUUUGUUUUUGUAUAAAUAUAAGGUCAAACAAUUUUUACUCAAUAUUUAAAUAUUUUUGAAACUUUUAUUUUAUUCUUAUAAUUUGAUUACGUUUUUUGAAAACUUUUAUUUUGAUAGUUAGUAGCCAUAAUUUUGCACAUAGAUAAUCCAGUCCUCCAAUUGUAUGUUCAUUUUUACAACAAAUAUCUCUAAAAAAGUUGAUAAAACUAAAUCGCAAAGCUCUGUAUUUCGUUUUUUAUGUUUUAAUAAUAUCUAUUAUUUUAAUAGAUAUUAUUAAAACUAUAAAUUAAUAUUAGUAAUUAAUACUGUAAUCAAGUCUGAUAUACAUAAUACAUAUUACAUUUAUUAUUAGAAAUACAAGGCAUACGAACUAAAAUGUGCGACAUAAUUAAAACUUUUAUGGGUCUAAUUAUACAAACAUUUGAAUUGUGUCAAAUUUAUAUUUUGUUUUAAAAAUGAGCAAUAGGAGGACAUUUUUAACGAACUACGUAGAAAAUAAAAUGUUUCAAAUGCAUUUUUAUACUAGUCAUCUUUAAUGAUUGCAUAGUGUGCUGAUUAGGUAUAUAUAUUUCAAAUAUAUAUGUGACAAUAUGUACAUAGGGUAAAUUUCAUAAUAAAAGACUGCAUCGUGGACGGUUGCGUAUUUUAUCGGCAAAGCCCACUCGCCCAAAUGACUUAUUGGCAAAAGUGCUUUAAGAGAUGGGAUACUAUUUUUUAAUGUAAAUAUUUUUGCCGUAUAUCGACCUACAUACGAUAUGAUUUAUCGAUCGAUUGAUUAAAGAUGAUACGAAUUAACUCGCCGAUUACGAAAUAGCACCUCAGUACAUAAGAUUGAUUCGCAAAUUCUUUGACGUUAUGAGAUCUAUUUUAUAAGAGAGCUGUUCGAUAUCAAUUCAAAACUGCAAAUAUGUAGGUAUAUAAUUUUUCGAAAUAGUUAUGUUCAGCGCAACGGACUUCUCGAGAAUAAAUACUGAGUCUAAACUUUGUGAUACAAUACCAAAUAUAAAGUCGCCUUAAUAGGUAGAAUUCAGGACCGCUUUUGUAUCGCCAGAUAACAGAGGUUUAUUUUUAAUCAAUAAUAUCAAGUUAUAUAGUAAAAUGAUAACAAUACUAAAUAAUAUUAACUAAAUAAUGAUACUUAUAAAUAUACCUAAUAUUUAUUAGUAUUAUAAUUUUAUUUUUAAAACUUAAUACAUCAAAUUCGUGUUUCAUUAUUAUUUAAAGAACAUACAAAGACCGACACACAAUUGUUGUCAAUGCGAGUGAUUUCCCUUAUUUGCCAAGAAAUUAAACACUGUGAACGUGGCUUUAGUGUUUUAAGCUUGUCGGCAUUGUCUUCCCCUGUGAGGGAUAAAGACGUUUGUAUGUAAAUUAUAAUGUCUGCAUUAAUUUAAAGUCUUUGCUCAAGUAUUUGGCGAUUCAAAAUUGGUCUAUGGAUUUUUUUUUUAAAAGAGUUACCAUAGGGAAUUUAGGGGACAAUUUUGAAUAAUAAAUAAUGAAGAUGAUGAUAUUAAUUUCGAUGUUAGUUGUUUAAAAAGAUAUAUGUGUGUGCGUAAUACUAUCAGUAUAAUAGAUUUAGAUUAAUAUUCUAGUAUCGUGUUAUUAGUUGCUGUUAUCUGUACUGUUUUCAGCGCUAUUUUGUUAUAUUUAUACACAGUUUUCGCUAAGUGUAGGCCCGCUGUAUUAUGGCAAACAUUUUAAUUGUAACACUUAUUAUUUUUUUAUGCUGUUUGCAUUACGAACUACUGAGCCAAUGUACAGUCAACACCAAAUCAUGUUACAUGAAUGGAACUCGAUGACGCGGUAAAAGGGACGAAAGUC